AGAAGUGGAGGGCGCCAUUUUGUGUAUUUUAUAUAAAUUACGGCAGAGUAGGUGUGCGGAAUAGUUUAUUUUUGAAAGAAAAGCACUCCUCAGUUUUUUGUUUAAUAUAGCAGCUGGGCGCAAGUUAUGUGUGUUUAAAGACCAUUCAGGAUUUUGAAGGCUCGCAACCCACCGAGCGGUACGCAUUGAUGUGGAGAUCGUUUCUCUUGUGAGCGGGAGUGAGCGACAGCGAGAUGGCUAACAAAACGGCCAUUGGGAACCACCAGCAACAGCCGCCACAACAGGCCGGAGGAAGCGCCAAACCCGCCUCUUCCAUUAAGCAGGGCAAUGUACUGCCCUUAUGGGGCAAUGAAAAGACUAUGAACCUCAACCCACUCAUCCUCACCAACAUCCUUUCUUCGCCCUACUUCAAAGUACAACUGUACGAACUGAAGACUUACCACGAGGUCGUGGAUGAGAUCUACUUUAAGGUUACUCAUAUUGAGCCAUGGGAAAAGGGGAGCAGGAAGACUGCAGGCCAGACAGGCAUGUGCGGAGGGGUCCGUGGUGUUGGAACAGGAGGUAUUGUUUCAACUGCCUUUUGUCUGCUGUACAAGCUAUUUACCCUGAAGUUAACUCGCAAACAAGUGAUGGGUCUUAUAACACACACUGACUCUCCAUACAUCCGUGGUUUAGGAUUCAUGUACAUUCGGUACACACAGCCUCCAGCUGACCUGUGGGAUUGGUAUGAGCCCUUUUUAGAUGAUGAAGAGGAACUGGAUGUAAAGGCUGGAGGAGGGUGUGUCAUGACUAUAGGAGAAAUGAUUCGUUCUUUCCUUACAAAGUUAGAAUGGUUCUCUACUUUAUUCCCAAGAAUUCCAGUUCCAGUUCAAAAGAAUCUGGAUCAGUAUCUCAAAACUCGCCCCAGGAAAAUUACCAAAAAAGAUGGGAAAGAUGCAAUGGAAGAUCAUGAGCGUCUAUCGGAACGUAGACACUCACGGUCACCACGAAGAUCACUUAGUCCACGUAAAUCUAGAAGCAGAAGUCGUCAUAGAGAAGGCCAUGGUUCUUUUGGCUUCGACAAGGAACUGGAAAGAGAAAGAGAACGGCAGAAAAGAGAACGGGAGCAGAUGAAGGACCGAGAGAGGAGUGAGAAGGAUAGACACAAGUCUAGAAGCACAGACAGAGGCAUAGACCGCAGGCGAAGUAGAAGCCGAGAUCGGCACAGAAGUCGAAGCAGAGAUAAAAGGAAUGAUAAAAAAGAUAAAGAGAGGGAGAAGGAAAAUGAAAGAAGCAGGAGGAGAGACAAAGAUUAUGAUAAAGAAAGGGUAAGUGACAGAGAUAGGGAUAAAAAUAUUGAGAAAGAAUCAGAGAGAUCUAGAGACAGAGAUAAACGAAGCCGGUCAAAGACAGAAGAGAGAAAACGUAAGGAAGAGAGGAGAGAAAAAGAUGAAAGAAGGCAUAAAGAUGAUAAAAAGGAUUCAAAAAAGGAUAAAAAGCAUAGCAGAAGUAGGAGUAGAGAGAAACGACAUAGGAGUAGUAGUCCUGGCAGGGGUCAUGUUAGCAAGCGCAGCAGAAGCAAAAGCAAGGAAAAAUCUAAGCAUCGAAAUGAGCACAAGGAGAAAUCAAACAAGCGAAGUGUUAGCAGAGAAAGGACUGAUGAGAAUGACAGUGAACGAUCGAAGAAACAGAGUAGCCAUAGCAAAGAGAGAGCUCACAAGCGCAGCCGAAGCAAAGAACGAUCUCACAAACAAAGUCACGGUGAUGGUAAGGACCAUUCAGGCAAACUAAGCCACAGAAGUCUCAGUGCAGAAAGAGAGAACAAAAGCAAUGCAGAAGGGUGGUUACAAGGCAAUGCCACUGACGAUGAUUGAAAAUUUAAAUCUAAUUGUACAGUGAUUAAAUUGUUUUGCUUUUGAACAUUUUUUUAAAUUAUGCUAUGGCUAGGAUAAACACAUGUCUUUGAAUUCCUGUAGCCUGCAGAUAAUAUUUCCUGUUUGUAGGAAGUGCCUUUGGUAACCAGCUGUUCAAUUUACCAUUGUAAUUCAAGACCAAUUUUAUUCUGUACAAUGUAGAAGAUACAGGAUUUGUUUUGGUUGAAAUAAUGUUUUUGCAAGUAUACUAUGUACAUACGUUGAGAGUUUUAAUCAUUGGCACAACUGCCAUAUUGGUUCAUUUUGUAUGAUGGGCAAUAAACUGCCAUACUUAAAAA